UCAGUGCGCUGGCAGCUGGACAGCCGCGAGUGGGAGGACCCGCGGGCGAUCGCGAGGGAUCCCCGGGUGCCCGGCGCCGGUACGGCAUCCUCCGCACCCGUGUGGCCGUCCCUGCCAAACCGCAGGUUCAGUCCUCGCCCUUAUCUGAUGGUAGAUCCUGCCUCCAAGUGACAGACGCAACCAUUGUUUAUUGGGUCACAUACCAGGGGCAGCGAUGGACCUGGUUCUCAGUGCUGCCGAUUACUACUUCUUCACUCCGUAUGUGUAUCCAGCCACGUGGCCCGAGGACAACAUCAUCCGGCAAACUAUUAGCCUCCUGAUUGUCACAAACCUGGGUGCUUACAUUCUCUACUUCCUCUGUGCAACCCUCAGCUAUUAUUUUGUCUAUGAUCAUUCCUUAAUGAAACACCCACAGUUUUUAAAGAACCAAGUCUCUCGUGAGAUCGUGUUCACUGUCAAGUCUUUGCCUUGGAUCAGCAUCCCCACGGUCUCACUGUUCCUGCUGGAGCUGAGGGGUUACAGCAAACUCUACGAUGACAUCGGAGACUUUCCAAAUGGCUGGAUUCAUCUCAUGGUUAGCGUGGUAUCCUUCCUCUUUUUCACGGACAUGUUGAUCUACUGGAUUCAUAGGGGCCUGCACCACAGACUGGUCUACAAGCGCAUACAUAAACCACAUCAUAUUUGGAAGAUCCCCACGCCGUUUGCAAGUCAUGCUUUUCACCCUGUGGACGGCUUCCUUCAGAGUCUGCCUUACCAUAUAUACCCCUUUGUCUUUCCACUGCACAAGGUGGUCUACUUAGGUUUAUAUGUCUUGGUUAAUGUCUGGACAAUUUCUAUUCAUGAUGGUGAUUUUCGGGUUCCCCAGAUCUUAAGGCCAUUUAUUAACGGGUCAGCUCAUCACACAGACCACCACAUGUUCUUUGACUAUAACUACGGACAGUAUUUCACAUUGUGGGAUAGAAUUGGAGGCUCUUUUAAACAUCCUUCCUCUUUUGAAGGGAAAGGACCGCAUAGUUACGUGAAGAACAUGACAAAAAAAGAAUCUAACAGCUUUGCAGAAAAUGGCUGUAAAGGCAAAAAAGUAUGCAAUGGAGAGUUUACAAAGAAUAAGUAGAUUAUUGCCCAAUUAUUAACUAUUUUAAAUAAGAAAAUAAUCUACACAGUCAAGAUACGUAGCAAAUAAGUGGUGCCAUUUGAAUGUCAGCAUUGCUUGAGUGUCAUGCUGAGGGAUGGUCCUGACAGUAAACAGCGGGAAGGCACCGGGAGCAUUGUAAUCUCUUGGUUAAUUGUCCGACAUUGGUCCAGGAACAAUUUGUCUUUUCAGCCGGCUGACCUGCAGCCUGUACAGCUCCGAAGCAUCUUUAAAUACGAUAGAAAAUAAGCUACUCAAGAAACUGGUCUGCGUCCUUUUGCCUUAAUCCAUGCAUACUCAUUAAGGAAAAAAAGUACCAUUGUGCUUAGCGCUACUGAGACUAACCAGGAAACCCUAAAGAUGAAGAUGCUCCCGUUCCCGGAGUGGCCGGCUGCACAGCAGUGCUGGGGAGCUGCAGGACUUCAUUCAGAUAGGAGUAUCAGUCCAAGCAGGCUGAUACGUGAGUGGCAGCGGGUAGGAUUUGCUUAAUGGCUGAUGUAAUAAGAUUGGACUUCCUGUACGUAGGCACCUUACUCUCUGGGGCAUUAUCAGAUUUUAAUAAAUGAAUAAAUAAAUGGUAUUUUUUUUAAAUGUCAGCUCUUCCAUAAUUCAGUCUAGAUAGGAGACUAUUUAACUGAAGAUCUUGGUGAGUGUCAUUUAUUUUUUCUUUUUCUUUUUUUUUUUGGUUUUUCAAGACAGGGUUUCUCUGUGUAGCCCUGGCUGUCCUAGAACUCUGUAGACUGGGCUGGUCUCGAACUCAGAGAUCUGCCUGCCCUUGCUGGGAUCAGAGGUGUUCACCACCUCCCAGCUUGAUGUGUGUCAUUUAAAACCACUGUUUAAUAAUCCUACAGACAUGAAUCUGGAUAAUGCUAGGUAUAAACUUGUGGCACCCAGUGACAUCUUUUUUUUAAUCAAGUGGACACACUUUUGAUGUAUUUCUCAGUUACAAAGCUGACUUUUUUUCAUGAAGGGAAUAAUGGCCAAGUACUCAAAUCUACCUGAGGUACACUUUUACACCUCAUCUUCUAUUUCUUCCCUCUCUUCUGCAAAUAAAACAAAACAAAACAUAAAGAAAGGUGGUUGUUGUAAGCUAAGUAUAUUUGUGGGGGAAGAAGAUAUGUUUUUAUAAAGUUAUUCUAAUGGCUAUUUGUGCAAAAAAUAAAAAACAAUAAAAGUUGAUCGUGACUGCUGUUAUCCACUUAAA